AUGGACGACUCCCACAUGGACGAUUCCAUUUUCGAGAUCAGCGAUGGCGCCAGCUCAGACUUUGUUCCCGAUGAACCUGCUCCGGUAUGCCUCCCUUGUGCGCUCGGGUUUGGAUCCCGGCUAACAGAAUCGCGUCUACAGAAGUCCAAGGCCAAGGCCGCACCGAAGAAGGUAGCAGCAGCAAAACCCACAGCCAAAAAGCAGACAACUUUGAAAGCCAAGAGCAAGGCACCGGCCAAGAAGAAGGCUACGGCGGACAGUGAGGACGAUAUGUCUGAUAUCCAGAUGUCCGAUAACGACUCCCUGCUUUCCCAUACCCCUCCCAAGGCCAAGAAGACGGCAGCCAUCAAGCGGGCAGGCUCAAAGCCUCUUGCUGAUGUGGAGAACGAGUCAUUUGGGGGCGAUGGGGCCUCCGAGGCAUCCAAAUCAAAUGGGAAUGCGUCAGAGAAGUACCAGAAACUUACACAACUUGAGCACAUCGUAAAACGCCCGGAUACAUAUAUUGGAUCGACCGAGCGCACCAUCCAGCAGAUGUGGGUUUACAACUCCGAGUCCGAAUCCAUGCAAUUUCGCUCGGUCUCUUUCGUUCCCGGUCUCUACAAGAUUUUUGACGAGAUUAUGGUUAAUGCUGCCGAUAACAAGCAAAACGACAAGGGCAUGAGCGAGAUCCGGGUAACCAUCAACCGCGAGGAAGGCGAAAUUAGCGUGUGGAACAACGGACGCGGUAUCCCUGUGGAGAUACACUCAAAGGAACAAAUCUAUGUCCCGGAGCUGAUCUUUGGCCACCUGCUUACAUCUUCCAACUACGACGAUGCUCAACAGAAAGUGACCGGUGGCCGUAACGGUUAUGGUGCCAAGCUCUGCAAUGUCUUCUCCACCGAGUUUUCAAUUGAGACCCAGGAUUCCCGUCAGAAGAAAAAAUACCGUCAGACUUGGACUGACAACAUGACCAAGAUGGGCAAGGCUAAGAUUACGGAUGCCACCAAGGGUGAUGACUAUACCAAGGUUACAUUCAAGCCCGACUUCGCCAAAUUUGGAAUGGAGGGUAUCGACGAUGAUUUUGAGGCUCUCGUAAAACGACGUAUUUAUGACCUGGCGGGUACUUCCGGUGUCGCUGUGAAGCUGAAUGGCACCCGCAUCCCGGUUCGGAAUUUCCGCAAGUACAUGGAGAUGUACACCAAGGCUAUUCGCAACGAACGUGGCGAUAAUGGCCCCCCCGCAAAGGACGAAAUCAUCACCUGCAGCCCAGAUCCUCGCUGGGAGAUCGGAUUUGCCGUCUCAGAUGGUGCCUUUCAGCAAGUCUCAUUUGUCAACUCCAUCGCGACCACUUCCGGCGGUACUCACGUCAACUAUAUUGCAGACCAGAUUUGCAAUCGCCUAGCGGAACAGGUCAAAAAGAAGAACAAGACUGGUGCCACUUUGAAGGCGGCUCAGAUCCGCAACCACAUCUUUAUCUUCGUCAACGCUCUCAUUGUCAACCCUGCUUUCAACUCGCAGACCAAGGAACAGUUGACUACCAAGGCCAGCCAAUUCGGCAGCAAGUGUGUUCUUGAGGAGGAAUUUUACAAGAAGAUUCUCAAGACUGAGGUCAUGUCCAAUAUUCUCCACUUUGCGGCGCAAAAAGCCGACCAGAUCCUGAAAAAAGGCGACGUUGGCCGUCGCUCUCGGAUGAACAACCCCAAGCUCGUGGAGGCUAACAAGGCUGGCACAAGAGAAGGUCAUCACUGCACCCUCAUUUUGACUGAGGGUGACUCCGCCAAGGGUUUAGCUAUGGCUGGACGUGCUGUCGUGGGUCCUGAUCUUUUCGGUGUCUUCCCUCUCCGUGGAAAGCUGCUCAAUGUUCGUGAUGCUUCUUUUGAUCAGAUCUCGAAGAACCAAGAAAUCCAAAACAUCAAGAACUUCAUUGGUCUCCAGCAUAAGAAAGAGUACACAGAGACUAAAGGGCUUCGCUAUGGCCAUCUCAUGAUCAUGACUGAUCAGGAUCAUGAUGGAAGCCACAUCAAGGGUCUGCUCAUCAACUUCCUUCAAGCACAAUUUCCAAGUUUGUUGAAGAUUCCCGAGUUCCUUAUCGAGUUUAUUACUCCUAUCAUCAAGGUCUGGAAGGGUGACCCGAAGAACCCUUCGAAGUCACGAUCCUUCUUCACAAUGCCUGAGUACGAUGAGUGGAAAGAAGCCCACAAAGAUGAACGUGGAUGGGAUCACAAGUACUACAAGGGUCUGGGAACAAGUUCCACGGAGGAUGCCCAGGUGUACUUUCGUGAUCUUGAUCGCCAUCUGAAAGAGUUCCACACCAUGCAAGACAACGAGGCCGAACUCAUUGAAUUGGCUUUCUCGAAGAAAAAGGCCGAUGAGCGUAAGGAAUGGUUGCGUCAGUACAAACCCGGGACAUACCUGGAUCACUCCAUGGCAAAGAUUUCCUAUACGGAUUUUAUCAAUAAGGAGCUUAUUCUGUUUAGCAUGGCGGACAACCAGCGUUCCAUUCCGUCCGUGGUGGACGGUCUCAAGCCCGGUCAGCGCAAAGUGAUGUAUACCUGCUUCCGCCGUAACCUCAAGAAAGAUAUGAAGGUUGUGGAGUUAGCAGGUCUCGUCUCUGGUAUGACUGCUUACCAACACGGUGAUACCUCGCUUCAACAAACAAUUGUUGGUCUGGCUCAAACUUUCGUUGGCUCGAACAACCUCAACUGCCUGGAGCCCAGUGGUAACUUUGGUAGUCGACUUCAAGGCGGUGGCGAUUGUGCCAGUGCUCGUUAUAUUUACACCCGGCUGUCUCCGUUCGCUCGAAAGGUUUUCCAUCAAUCUGAUGAGCCACUUCUGACGUACAAUGAAGAUGAUGGCAAGAAGAUCGAGCCCGAAGUUUACAUGCCAGUAGUACCCCUGAUUUUGAUCAAUGGUGCCGAUGGUAUUGGAACUGGAUGGAGUUCUUCCAUUCCCAACUACAACCCCGAGGACGUCGUCGCUAAUCUGAAGCGUUUGAUGAAUGGCGAAGAUACUGUCCCCAUGCAACCGUGGUUCCGUGGGUUCACCGGCGAAGUUGUCGACAUCGGUGGAGAUCGCUUCAAGUUUAGUGGUAUAAUCAAGGAGAGUGGAGACAAGGAGGUUGAAAUCACUGAGUUGCCUAUCCGGACCUGGACGCAAGAUUUCAAAGACAAACUAGAGGAUAUCAUCAAGGCCGAAAAGGUGCCGUCCUUCAUCAAGGACUACAAGGAUUACAAUACUCACAGCAAGGUUCAUUUCGUCAUUCAACUUGACGAGAAGAACAUGAAGGGUGCUUUAUCAGAGGGUUUACACGAGAAGUUCAAGCUUUCCAAGACCAUUGCGACAACCAACUUGGUUGCCUUCGACCCGGAGGGCCGCAUCACCAAGUACGCCACUGUUGAUGAUAUUCUCAAGGAAUUUUUCACUGUUCGCCUCAAAUACUACGAGAAGCGUAAGCAGCAUCAGCUGUCUGAGCUCCAGAAAGAGCUUGAAAAGUUGAGCAACCAAGCUCGCUUUAUUCAAAUGAUCAUUGAAGGCACACUGGUUAUUUCUAAGAAGAGAAAGCCUGUUCUGAUCAGUGAACUGAAAGAAAAGAGUUUCAGGCCUUUCCCCAAGGUUGCUGACGCCGCCAAGCUUGGCGAAGACGAGCAGGUAGUCGAAGAAGGCGAUGAGUCCGAAGACAAGGAGACCGAGAAAUUGUCAAACGCCUACGACUACCUCCUCGGUAUGCCGAUGUGGUCGCUAACUCAGGAGCGUGUUGAGCGACUUCGUCGCCAGAUUGGCGACCGUGAGAUGGAGAUUGAUAAAUUGAUCAAGCUCUCCAAGGAGGAAAUUUGGACCACCGACCUGGAUGAGUUCAUCAACGAGUGGCGCUUCCAACUUGAGGAUGAAGAACGUCGUCUACGCAAGGUCCAGAAUAUGGGCCGCCGCGCCUCAUCUAAGCUCAUGACUGGCGCCGGUCGCGUGGCCCCCCGUAAGCGCAAGGCUGCGAAUGGCGAUGAUCCUGAUGAUGAGGAUUUCGCAGCUCCCAAGACUAAGAAGACGGCAGCAGCCAAAAAGAAAGAGCAGCCGGUCAACAGUUUGGCUAACUUCCUCAACAAGUCGACCGCCGCUAAGACAACCCCUUCGGGCACUGACGGCGCUAACGAUUCGGAUGAUGACUUUGAUUUCGAAAUGGAAGUGCUGCCGAAGAAGAGUCGUGGCGCGGCUAAGGCCAAAGCGACCCCUAAAGAGGAACAGGACGAUAUCGACAUGGUAGAUGUACCAAGGAACAGCUCCUCUCCUGCAUCUGUACAGCCAGCAGACGAUCCAAUGGACCUCAAUGAAGAACCUGCUCCAAAGCCAAAGCCCGCGGCGAAGCGGGGUCCCAAGCCCAAGGUCAAGCCUGCCGAGGAUUCAGAUGAUGAUUUUCUUGAAAUUGCAAAGAGCGAAGCUAUUUCAAAAAAGCCUACCCAGUCUAGUCGCUCUCGCAAGCCUGUCAAGUACACUGCAGAUAUUGAUUCUGACAGCGACAAUGGCGAUGAUCUUCUUGGAGACGUCAGCCAGAUGGUCAAGGGUAUCGGUGGCGGUGAUUCGGAGCCUCGUCAGCUCUUCAAAGAUCGGUCCCGUGCCGGAAGUAGUGCCAGUCUAAUGGCAUCUACUGGUAAACCCUCCAAGAUCAGCGAAUUCGAUGCCGACGAAACCGACUACAGCAAGCUUGUGCCGCAGAACUCUCCUCGCCGCUCUCUGCUGGUCAAGCCGAAGGAGGUCUCAAUAAUACAGGAUGACGAGGAUGAAGACUCCCCUGUCAAGCCUAUCAAGGCUCAAGGUAAGGCUGUCUCGAGAACUGCUUCGAAGACCGCCGCAGCCGCUCCCAAACCGCGCGGUCGUCCUAAGAAGGAUGCUGCCGCUCCGGCCAAGCCUUCCGCUGCAGCCAAGGCAUACGCUUCCAAGCAAGCCAGAACGACCAAGAAGAAGCCCGUGGAUGAUUAUUCCGAAGAUGACAUCGACGCGAUGGCUAACGAUAUCCUGGAUUCGCCUGCCGGCAAGGUAGACCUCUCAGAUGACGAACCCGUCUCUCGCCCGGCUGCUGCUAGUCGCCCAUCCCGUCGCACCGCAACCCAGGCGAAGAAGAGCUAUGUGAUCGAGGAUGAGAGUGAGGAUGAGGGUUCCGCCAAUGAUUUUGAGGAGGAUGAGAGUGAUUAG